CGCUGCACUCUCUCAGUGAAACUCACGGAGGACCAUUCCCCGACAAGUAGUAAAUAUAUACCUCCCCCUCCUCGUUUCAUCAACGCGUGCACCAUGAGGAUUAUAUUGCUGGUAAUUCCGGCGUGUUUGCUCGCUCUAACAGAAGCGCGGCGAGUGCAGAUCCGGCCUCGAGCGGAAUCUGAAACAUAUUACCAGGAACAGGACAACCAGGCGGCCGAGGACGAUUUCGAAGACGUGGCGAUCUAUCAACCGCGCACCCGCGCGCUUCCUUCGCCUCGUUCUAAGGACGGGUUGCACGCGUCGAAGCCGCCGCCGGUGCAGACCAUCAGGAACUACAACAAGGUCAACGAUGACGGGUCUUUUACCUUCGGCUACGAAGCGGCCGAUGGUUCUUUCAAGGAGGAGACUCGCGGCGUUGACUGCGUCGUGCGCGGAAAGUACGGCUACAUCGACCCGGACGGCAACAAGAGAGAGUUUAGCUACGUUUCGGGCAACCCCUGCGACCCGAACGCGCCCAAAGACGAGGAGGAAGAGGUGCCAGAGAAGGAGGAGGAGGAAAUCUCUGGACCAGCGAAUUAUCCUGUCGUCAGACCCGUGCAACGACCCAUCCCGGUGAGACCAACAUAUCAGCCAUCAUCAACCACUCGCGCUCCGACCACGAUAUUCCAAUCGGAAUAUCAGCUCGACGAUGACGCGAGCCAGGAGCUGACCGAGGAAGACCUGAAGCCGCAACUGCGACCCUCGGCCUUCAGGAGACCGAGCACUCUGGUGCAAAUUACACCUUCCACCGCCAUUUACGAGUCCUCGCCGUCUCCCAACCCGGCCUUCUAUAGACUAGCUUCCACCCCGACGGCGCAGUACCAGACCACACCGUCCCCCGUUCUCCGUGGUCAGUCCACCAUCGCCUCGAACGUCUAUCAGUCCCUCGAGGCGACCACUCGCCGGCCGGUGACCCGUCAGAGGCCCCAGUCGGUCGCGAUAACCCCGCGGCCUCACGUCGCCCAAGUGGCCGCGCAAUACGUUUCCCCCAGCAGCACCGAGCGCCCCGACAAUCUUCUCUACGCCCAGACUCACCCCACGGUAUCACCUCUGCGCACCACGACCACUAGCACACCCCACCUCGACUUUGCCGCCGAACUCGAGCGUUACGUGAACACGAUCGGCUCGCACGUUUCCGCCAACCCCACCGCGAGACCUCAGGCUGCCCCUCAAGCCUCGCCUCAAACUUCUUCGAGAGUUAAGCUGACCGGUCAGACAACGGUCACCGCUGCAACCGCAACCGCCGCCGAGCCCAUCUACCAGUCGGAACUCGUGUAUGAUCCCUCGACCGGUCAGUACAAUACCCAGCUUUAUCAGACAUUGCCUCAAACUGUAGGUGACUUUAGCCUCAGUCACAAACUCCAACCGUUCGUAGCCCAUCAGCCCCAGUCCCUAGUCGGUCUGCAGCAACUUCAACAGUACCAGCAGGCUCAGCGGCAGAGUCCGGUUUACAAGCAGGCCCAGUCAGCGCCCAGCCAGGCGGUGACGCAACCCCAGGAAGUGCUCUACAGAAAGCAGCAGGCACAGCUGUUCCAGCAGUCCCAGCAGCUCUACGCGCAGCAACAACGCCGCCAGCAGCAGCAGCAGCAGCAGCAGCACCAGCAGCAGCAGCAGCAGCAACAGCAGCAGCAGCAGCAACCACACAGACUGCAAUUAUUGGAAUCGCAGAGGGAUCCCCAGGCAUUCUAUUACGUGGCGCCUUUGAAGGCCUCCGCCAGCACCGCGUCCCUUUCAGUAGGUCAGAUCGAUCAGUUUCUCCGAGGUAGCCCUGCUAAUAAUUAUUGAUACGAUCUGAGUUACAGCGUUGAGAAUUUAUUCUCGGAUUCUCGAAUCGUCGAUACUUAUCAUUCGAUAUUAUCUCGAGUCUCUCGCGAAUUAAACCGAGGAUCUCGAGUUGAUAGAUCGUAAUGUUGGCCCAAGCGUAUAAAGGAUAUUAUCUAUAAGCAUAUGCAAAAUAUAUAUUAUACAUAGUAUAUAUAUCACGUGCGAUGGCGCUCAAGCUGAAAUAUAUGAAGUAUAUUGCCGAGUGAAUGGCACAAACGAGCGCUUUAAUGCAUGCGUUGUACGCGGGGAAUGCGUGUGCAAUAUAUUUGAUAUAAUCGGCGCCCCGCGAGAAAGGCGCGUGAAAACAGUUGCGGUGAAAAGUAAUUGCGAUGCGCAAACACGGAUCUAACGUCACCAUCGCGUCGAUUGCAGGAAACCGCGUUUCGGUGAAGCUUAUUCCAACUUUAUUACCACAAACGUAAUUCCGUAACUUUCGCAAGGAACGUGGGAUUUUCCGAAAUUGUCCUUGUUCUCGAUAGCUCCUUCAUGCUUCGAUAGCACCGUAUAAUGUAUAUAUAAUAGCAUAUUUCGCUUUUUCCCGUCCAACGCGUGUCUCGAAGCGUUUAUGCUUGAUAUCCACUCGUCUCGGCCAACGCGCGAACGAUAGAUAAUAUUUUUAUUCGUCGACGAUAUGCAAUCGGAGAACGAAAAUUAAGGAGAUUCACGUAUGUGAUACUGGAAGGAGAAACUGGGCGCGUAUGAUUACAUGGAUCGGUGACAAAAUUUGAUUUUUUUUAUCGUAUUUGUAUUUUUGAAGAUUUUCGUUGAAGGAUCCAACCGUUGCAAAUCUUGUUUUUUUUAACACAAUAAUAUAGAUAUAUUUAAACGAACUUCAUUUCGACAACUUGUCGUAAUAAUUUGGUUUAAACGAACUUCAUUUCGACAACUUGUCGUAAUAAUUUGGUUUCAUUAAAAAAUAGUAAAAUUUUAUUUAUUCGCAUCUCGAGAAUUAAGGCGGACCGAGAUUUCUUCCGUUUUUCAGACCGAUUUGCACUUCUCGUCAGUUUGUAGUAUCGUGUAAUGUUUAUGAGGCACGUUAGAGAGAGAGUGAAAGCCAACGACCUGACGCAAUACUCACGCAUGUACGAUGUAUUACCGUAGCAAUUUCUCGCAGGUCCCUAACACCGUACUUCGUAAGGGUGUCCACGAUGGUUUCGCGAGACAAAUGAAACAUCUCGUCGCGCAGCCGCGAAUUUUUUUAAGCAUAACUCCGUAAGCCCAGUGUAAUAAUAAUCGAAUCGACUCGAUUACAAAAUGUCAAUCUAACGCAGGCUUGAGUCGCAUGAAACGCAAUCAAUGGGGAUUAUAAGUCAAUCAAAUCUAUCCGUGCAAUGUUUCGAGGCAUUUUCAAUUAAAUGUUGUUAUUGUAUCGUAUAAUGCAUCAAGUUGCAUUAUGUAUGAUAUGUAUAUUCUUUAUAAUUGGAAAGAUUAACUCAAAAUUAAAAAUAAUCUGUUUAAUUCUCGAUUUGUAAUCAUCGUGUAUGAAUUUUUAUUCUGAAACAAUCUCAUGAUGCGACGU